GACGGAAUCACCUUGCUGGUCAACCUCUGCCUCAUGGCCACCAGAGACCCCAAACACAUCCAGAAAGCCCUGCAGGCCUUCACUGAGCUGGCCUCUACUAAGGUGAACAACGUUCCCUACCUGCUUGCGAUGGGCCAGGCCUUCAUGCUGCUAAAACAAACUCCUCGGGCCAGGAACCAGCUCAAGAGGCUCACCAAGGUGGAGUGGAGCUGGGAGCUGUCAGAGGACCUGGAGGCAGCCUGGUUGCUGCUGGCUGAUGUUUACAUCAAGUCUGGGAAGUAUGAUAUCGCCUCUGAUCUACUGCAGCGCUGUAUUAAAUACAACCAGUCGUGCAGCAGAGCGUAUGAGUACAUGGGCUACAUUAGGGAGAAGGAACAGUCGUACCACGAUGCAUCAGUGUUCUACGAUACGCCUGGCUCUACACGAACAGAGUGA